CAGGACAGUUCACAGAUUUGCAAGGAGUCCAUAUCUUCGUUUAUCUGUGCCACCACAAGUGCGAAGUUACCGCCUCUGUAGUUGAAAAUCGUUUGCUAAAUGCACUUUAUUUUUAUCAUAGGGGAUUUUAGAAAUUAGCAGAGGAUUAUUUUAUUGGUUUCCCUGAACCGUCGCGACACAGGCAAGUGGAAACUCCUUAUACCGAUAAACUAUGUAUAUUGGAGACGUGUGAACUAUUUUACGUUUAUAUUAUUUUUCAGCUAACAAGUUUCUGAAAGAAACUGGACUGUCGAAAGGACUCGAUCGAGUAGGCAAUUAUCCGUUAUGGAUGCGUGACGUUGAUCGCAGUGCGGUGAUAUUACAAGGAACACGGGCAAAGCUGUAGCCUAAAAGGCAAUCUCAAGCUGUUGGAUGUGGUCUGUACAGGGCAGGGGUGAGGACUUGGACCUCAACUAUGAAAUGAAUCAGUCGUCCAACGUCUUCAUUUUUUUUUUCCAAAGACACAUCUAGUCAUGGGGUGAAGAGGAUGAGGUAGAGACUGCGGGGAUAGUCUAUAUGGGAGGGAACAUGGAAUUUUCUCUAUUAUAUAAUCUUUGACAAAAACUGCUUAUUAGUGGGAGACCAUUACAAGCCAUUUUGCCUGACCCCUUCCCCUUUCCCUUUUUAGCAGGAGAGACAGACAACGUUUAGUGAUCAUUAAUACUUGAGGAAAUAAUCAAUGUAAUUGCACCACAACACUUGGCUGUUGAGAUCAUAACACAUCUCGACUGAAGUUAACAAGGAGAACACGGGUUUAUGACAAGUGCCACUGGUGUGUAUUCUCUUUAUUUGACUGAUCUUUUAUUACACAGGGACCCCCUAUGUUUGCCUCUCUAUAAGAGAGAAUCAUAUUGAAUUGUCAAGAUGGCUACGGUGCAUUUAUUGUUUCAGAUUUCAACUAUACCUCUCCGUCUCUUGUUUCUCUACCUUGAUCCAUCUCUCUUUUAUGGUUUGAUUUUGGUUGAUAAUUUGGAAUAAUGACACCUGACGCCCAAAGCCCUGGAUUUCAAUCCUCCACCAUCCUUCAAGAUGCUGAAUUUAAAGACACUAAGUAUUCAGCUAACCCCACUCAGUUGUACCCCUUACUUGUUUUUCAACUUUGCACCGCUGUCUUGGUUUAGCCAUCUCUUAUGGACCUAGAACAAUUGCAGCCAACCCCAUCUUGCAUUGUGAUAUUUGAUAUGUAAUAAUUAGAGAAACUGUCGACACACUCUGUUGUGUCCCUUGACCUCUCUGAAUCUCUGAAAGGCUUUUUGCGUAAAGUAGAAAGGGACAAAAAAAAUCUCCAAGUUCAUCUUCCUCCAGCCCCCCUGUCCGUCCUCCCCUCUCCCCCCCACUCAUCAGGGCUGGUGGGGGGGUGGGAUCUGGAGCUCCAGGGUCGUAGCGGCGGAGGUGGUGGUACCCUGGAGCCUCCCUGGAGCAAGGCCUCCCACCAUGGAGACCAGCCCCGAGAGCCCCAACCGUGCCGUGGAGUACCUCCUAGAGCUCAACAACAUAAUCGAGAGCCAGGCCAAGCUCCUGGAGACACAGCGGCGGCGCAUCGAGGAGCUGGAAGGCCAGCUGGACCGAGUCAGCCAGGAGAACCAGGACCUGAGGCUGGAAAGACCCACUCCUCCACGAGCCCCGGAGCUCCCCGAACAGAACCAUAGCAACACCAACCACAGAUCAGAGAAGCCCCCCUCCCUGCCCAUCCACCCUGGCAGCAGUAGUGGAGGUAAUGGCAGCAUCACCAGCCCUGUCGCCGCUCCGUCCCCUGCGGUGGUGGCGCCCCCUGCAGGGCCGAGCCGGGAGAGACGUGCCCACACCAGGCUGACCCGGGGCAUGUCCUGUGGCUCGAACCCAGCCGAGAGGGAGCAGCGGGAGAGACUGGAACACACAGACAGCUCCGAUACCAACAGCUCCACCAUCCGCAGAAAUGUGGAAGCAGAAACCCGAUGUGUGGAGCCGCCAGGGCCCCACAUUGACGGCCCUUACAGCCAGACCACAGCGUACCUGCGUGGCACCGAGCGCUACAGUGACAUCAGCAGGUGUCCUGGUCCUCCAGGCCCCCGGGGACUUCCGUGUGUGGCCCCUCCCAGCUCGGCCAGCCUUGCCUGGGCACUGCGAACACGUCAUCAGCCUGCCAGUCUGGCCCUCCGCAAGCAAGAGGAGGAGGAGAACAAGAGGUGCAAGGCCAGUCUCUCUGACAGCUAUGAGCUCUCCACAGACCUACAGGACAAGAAGGUGGAGAUGUUGGAGAGAAAGUACGGUGGCUCCUUCGUGAGCCGCAGAGCAGCCCGGACCAUCCAGACGGCAUUCCGCCAGUACCGUAUGAACAAGAACUUUGAGCGCCUCCGCAACUCCGCGUCCGAGAGCCGCAUGACACGACGCAUCAUCCUGUCCAACAUGCGGCUGCAGUACUCAUUUGACGACCGCCAGGCGCAGCAGCAGGGGACCGGAACACAGACAAACUUCACACACAGUGUGGGUAUCGGCCCUCCUCAUUCACCUGACACAGAGCGGACAGGAGACUACACACACCUAGAAGACUCCUUCUCCAAACAGGUAAAGUCCCUGGCUGACUCCAUAGAUGACGCCCUGACCUGCCGUGGAGGGCGGGAUGACUCCCAAGAGGGUAGCAGGGAGGGCGGAGGCAUCAGUGAUGACUUUGGGGAGUGUGUGUGGAGCAGCAGCAGUAACCCCUCAUCCCGCAGAGGCCUGGGUGAGAGAUCUCGAGGAGGUGGAGGAGGCCUCAGCAUGCACGGAGACAGCACAGCCACCUCCUACAGUGAUGUCACUCUAUACAUGGAUGACUGCAUGCCUUCCUCGCCCCUGUCUCUGGACCGGGCCCCCAGCAGCACAGACACAGAGUACUGGGGCCCCAGGGGAGGCGUGGGGGGCCGUGAGGACAGCAGGGAUACUGAGGGAGGGGGUAGUAGUAACAGCCGUCGCAGCACCCCCUGCACGGAGUGUCGAGACUACCGUCUAAGGGGCGCCCACCUGCCCCUGCUCACCAUCGAGCCUCCCAGCGACAGCUCCGUGGACACUAGCGACCGUUCAGACCGUGGCUCCCUCAGCAGACAGAUCUAUGAGCAGGAGCCAGCAGGAGGAGCAGGCUCUCCUCAGGGAACCCUGAAACACUCUCCUAACACUCCCCGCCCUGUCUCCACAGCAGCAGCGCAGGGCCAGACCCGGGCCCCUGGCCGGGGCCCCCCCUUGCCCACUCACAUCCCCCAUCACGUGGCACACCACCAUCACCACCACCCUCACCACCACCAGUACCCAGACACCCCCUCGUCAUCGUCCUCCCCCCAGCAGCCCCCCACCACCCCCCUGUCCUCCUCCUCCUCUGCUGCGCUGCCCCCUGGUGGCCUAGAGCAGCCCUGUCUGUCUGACGGGGACAACGACUCUCUCAACUCCACCACCAACUCCAACGAGACGGUGAACUGCAGCUCUGGCUCCUCGUCUCAGGACAGCCUGAGGGAGCCCCUACCCCCUCUGGGCAAGCAGACCUACCAGAGAGAGAGUAGACACAGCUGGGACUCACCGCCAUUUAACAACGACGUGGUGCAAAGACGCCAGUACCGCAUCGGACUCAACCUAUUCAACAAGAAGCCAGAGAAAGGGAUCCAGUACCUGAUCGAGAGAGGCUUUGUGUCCGACACUCCGGUUGGGAUCGCUCGCUUCAUCCUGGAGAGGAAGGGCCUGAGCAGACAGAUGAUUGGAGAAUUCCUUGGUAACCGGCAAAAACAGUUCAACAAGGACGUACUGGAUUGUGUGGUGGACGAGAUGGAUUUCUCUGGGAUGGACCUGGACGAUGCUCUGAGGAAGUUCCAGGCCCAGAUCAGAGUUCAAGGAGAAGCCCAGAAAGUAGAGAGGCUCAUAGAGGCUUUCAGUCAGCGGUACUGUGUGUGUAACCCAACGCUGGUCCGCCAGUUCCAGAACCCAGACACCAUCUUCAUCCUGGCCUUCGCCAUCAUCCUCCUCAACACGGAUAUGUACAGCCCUAACGUUAAGGCAGAGAGGAAGAUGAAGAUAGAGGACUUCAUCAAGAACCUCAGAGGAGUGGACAAUGGCCAGGACAUUCCCAGGGAUCUGUUGGUUGGGAUCUACCAGCGCAUCCAGAAGUGGGAGCUAAGGACCAAUGAUGACCACGUGUCUCAAGUGCAGGCAGUGGAGAGAGUCAUAGUAGGCAAAAAGCCUGUGAUGUCUCUGCCACACCGCAGGCUGGUAUGCUGCUGUCAGCUCUAUGAGGUGCCUGACCCCAACCGACCCCAAAGGACAGGAGUUCACCAACGGGAGGUCUUCCUGUUCAAUGACCUGCUGGUGGUGACUAAGAUUUUCCAGAAGAAGAAGACUUCUGUGACGUACAGUUUCAGACAGUCCUUCCCUCUAGUGGAGAUGCAAGUCCACAUGUUCCAGAACUCCUACUACCUCCACGGUAUCCGCCUGACCUCAGCAGUGUUAGGUGGGGACAGUAAGGUCCUUAUCGUGUUCAUGGCUCCCAGUCAGCAGGACCGCACCCGCUUUGUCAGUGACCUGAGAGAGAGUAUAGCUGAGGUGCAGGAGAUGGAGAAGUACAGAGUAGAGUCUGAGUUGGAGAAGCAGAAAGGGGUGAUGAGGACUGGCCUACUGACCGGCUUGGUCGGAGGCGGAGUGGGGGUGAAGGGUGAGGUGGUGAACGGCACCCUGGGAAGGCCCAGUCUAGAUGACAACUACUCUGCGGGAGAGGGACUGAAACGCUCCGCACUCAGCUCAUCUCUCCGAGACCUAUCAGACGGAGGGAAACGUGGUCGCAGUAACAGUGUUGGCUCCCUCGACAGUACCAUGGAAGGUUCCAUCAUUAGCAGCCCCCGGCCCCACCAGUGUUACCCGGUUCCGGGCGUCAUCCCAGGCUGCUACCCUACAGAAGACUACCGGCCGCAUCGCCCCAUCCUGAGCCCCGGAACAGGGGUGGGGGGUGGGCCGGGGCAACAACAGACCGCUGCUGGGAUGGGAGUUGGAGGGGUUCCCGGCAGUGUAGAGAGAGCAGGAGUGGGGAGCGGCCCUGGGGGGGGCAAUACGGGCUCCUUCCUGGGCUCUCUAUUCGGCAGCAAACGCGCCAAACCGCCAAGUCCCCUUAUACCACCGGGGCCACCCUACCCCGCCCCUGUCCCCCCACCCACUACGGGAGGGCCCCCUCCUCACUCCCCAUCAUCUCUGUGCCAGUCAGAGGGGGGCCCUUCCAAGAUCCAGGCCCUGCAUGCUCAGUACUGCCACACGGCCGUCGUGCAGCCCCCUCCCCCCUACUACCAUCACCAUCGCUACCACGUCCAAGCUGGCCCUCCUCCCUUGCCAGGCGGGGGCGUGCCCCCUCAUAUUCUUCAGAGAGGGGCGCUCCCCUGUCGCCCUCCUUUUGGCCCCCCUCACGCCCAGCUCCAGCAGCUGGCCCAUCUCUCCCAGUUUUCCCAGCAUGGCAUGCAGGGUCGCUACGGCAACAUAGCGGUGGGCUGUCCUCCCCCCCUUUCUCCUCACUCCCAACAUUCCCAGAACCCCCAGUUCGCACUGUACCACACGCAGACCCCACAAUCUAUCAGGGGAGGCGCUGUGCCAAGCAAACCUCCUCUGACUUUGUCUCACUCCCACCCGCACCCCCACGCACACUCCCACACCCACCCCGGGCACCCACUCAGUGCCGCGCCACACCCCACCGCCCACCCACAUCAGUCUCACUUCAUUUUUGGCACGCUGCCCCACCAACAUCAGCACCAGCAGCCGCCCGCCUCCGUCAACGCCCAUCACGCUACGUCCGCCGCCCAGUAUCAGCCCCAGUACCCUCCUCUCUCUUCCAUCCCCCCUCCCCCCCCCCCCACUCCCCUUUACCCCCCCCUUCUAUCCCCCUUACCCCUCUUACGCCUCUCUGCCCUCACCCCCCCCAGCACCCCGGGCAGCCUCAGCAGGGGCCCCAGGUGACGGGGGCUGGGGCGACUGGCACAGGGGUCAGCUCCAAAUCCAAACCUAUCAACCGGAUCAGCACGGUAGUGUGAGGAACAGAACGUGGGGGCACAGAGGGCAGAGGUCAGAGGGCACGAUGGAGGAAGUGGGCAGAGCUAGGGCCAGAGAUAGAGCCAGGGCUUGUAGAGGUGAGCAGGACAGCAGCAGCAGUAACAACAGUGCCAGUGACAAAAAGAAACGCAACUUAUUUCGCCUCUGCUACUUUCAUCUCCGCUUCCCACACAUGUAGACAGAGAGACCAGAAGAGAGAGUUGGAGCUGGAUAGCAUGCAUAUACCUGAACAUACAAACAUACCUUUACACAUACAGUACAGGACACACAGGCAGAAUCAACACACAUAAAGCAAAAAACGCCCACAUGUAUGCACACAAAUAUGUUUGUGUAUAGUAUAGGCAAAGGCUAGCACAAUCAUGUAUAUAACACGUACACUCAGUGGUCAGUUUAUUAGGUACACCCAUCUAGUACCGGGUCGGACCCCACUUUGCCUUCAGAACAGCCUGAAUUCUUCAGGGCAUGGAUUCUACAAGGUGUCGGAAAUGUUCCACAGGGAACAUUUGGCAUCACGCAGUUGCUGCAGAUUGGACGGCAGUACAACAAUGUUCAGAUACACUGUGGCGUUCAGUCGUUGCUCAAUUAGUUUAAAGGGACCUAACGUGUGCCAGGAAAACAUUCUCCACAACAGUACACCACUACCACCAGCCUGUACCGUUGACACCAGGCAGGAUGGAUCCAUGGGCUCAUGCUGCUUAUGCUAAAUCCAGACUCUCCCAUCAACAUGACGCAACAGGAAUCGGGAUUCGUCAGACCAGGCAUUGUUUUUCCACUCCUCAAUUGUCCAGUGUUGGUGAUCGCCCACUGUAGCCGCUUCUUCUUGUUUUUAGCUGAUAGGAGUGGAACCUGGUGUGGUUGUCUGCUGCAGUAGCCCAUCCGUGACAAGGAUUGACGAGUUGUGCAUUCCGAGAUGCCGUUCUACACACCACUGUUGUACAGCGCCGUUAUUUGUCUGUCUGUUAGCUUGCCAUUCUCCUUCGACCUCUCUCAUCAACAAGUUUAGCCCAGAGGACUGCAGCUAACUGGAUGUUUUCGCACCAUUCUCUGUAAAACCUGGACACUGUAGUGCAUGAAAAGCCCAUGAGGGAGGCCGUUUCUGAGAUACUGGAUCCGACGUGCCGAUCAUACCACGCUCAAAGUCACUCAGAUCACUCGUUUUGCCCAUUCUGUUCAAUCGAACAGUAACCAAAUGCCUCGAUGCCUGUCUGCCUACUUUAUAGAGCAAACCACAGCCACGUGACUCGCUCUCUGUAGAAACGAUACAUUUUUGUGAACGGGUGGUGUACCUAAUAAACUGGCCACUGAGUGUAUACUGCAGUUGUAUAGAGUUUCCGUUGCAGUUUCUCAGGUGUAUUCUAUAAGCUCUCAGCACACAAACUCAUAAGGGAGAGUCCCAGGUAGGAGCAAUGAGGUAGAUUGUUGAAGUUGGCAGCAGGCAGGAAAAAGCAUCACACACACACAAUUAACCAUUUCUAUAGCCAUAGAACGGAUGCUAGUAGUAAAUGUACAGUAGAGGGCCUAUAACCCAGUGUUUCUCUGUCUGAAGUAUUAUUGGAAACUCUGGACACUGCCAAGACAUGAGCGUGAAACUGUUUUAAACACAGGUACCAAGAUGUAAUUGUGCAACGUUAUUAAUUGGACAAAUCUAGUCCCUCGUAAUGAAGGAAGCAACCAAGAUUUGGUUCUCUGUCGUCGAGGUUAGGAUAAUGCUGACCAAUAGUAAGACCAACCCCACCCACCUGGAGCUGAAAAAGACUUCAACGCUAAAUACAUUCCAGCAGGGUUGUUUGUGCAUUGUAAACAGCCAUUGAGGAUAGUUGCAAAAAAUGUCCCUUGACUUUGCAAUAAUUUAUUCAGCUUAAUGUCUUUGCUAAUUUCCAUGGCAGGUCUUCAUCACUGAAAGGUAUCCUUUUUGAAUGUAGACCUCAGAGAAAUGUUGCUUUGUCUUAAACUUGUAUGACUAUUGCACGAUUCAAUAGCAGUCUUAGGCUCUAUGGUCUUCUACAUGUUAAGAGAAGUCAUCUAAUUUCAUAAGAUUUACAUGCAUUCCCUAUGGGGUGUGUGGAUUAAUGAUACUACAAAUCAUAUUUUUGAAUGUUUUAAAGCUUUUUUUUGCUGUUGAAUAAAUGUUACAUAUAUACUUGCUAUGAGUAUGAUGAAUAUUGUCUAAUAACAUAACUGUUUUGAUCCAGUGAUUAAUUAUAUAUAAAUAAUUGAUUGAUUAGAUGUUUGAUUAUAAAUGAUUAUACAGAGGAUAUAUACACAUGUAUUAAUUCCCUCAUACUUUUGAUAUGUAACGAGGGUGUUAUAAAGUAUGAUUUCUUUUUGUUCUCUAUGAUGAUUGCCAUCGAUAACUUCUAUUAUCAGUUAUUAUUAUUGAUUGUUGAAAAUAUUAGUUCAUAUUUAUGAUUAUUUUUGUUAUAAUAUAGUUGUGUACCCUCUCUAUCUCCCUCCCUUUCUUCUGAACUUACAGUGGCAGUGUCUAAAAAUGGGGUCAUUGGAUUCUAAAUUCACCUUAACAGAUAGGUGACCAUUUUAAAUGAUGUCUAUGUGGUCUUAUGUGUUUUGAAUCAACUCUUUCCAGACCCCUUCGAAAUAUCCUCUUAAGGGCUUUGACCUUUGACCUGGUCAUGUACAAUGACCCUCAUUUAAUUGGUGACCCUGCCGUUUAUGUUCUCUCUAUUAUCAGGAGACUCGCUUACAAGCAUCAGGUCUUGUUGAGAGUUUCUCACAUGGCGUGUGUUUGGACAGUAUAUGUCUUUGAACAAGCACGCUUUGUAAUGCAGUUUUGUGAUUUUGCACACGUGGUGUCUUAAAGUCAGAAAUGGCAUUAUUUUAAAAACGCUCCUCACAUACCCCCUUGCCAGUCCUCAGAGAACUCACCACCACCCAAAUACCCUUCACCCCAGCAACCUUACUGAAUGUGCUUGUCAUUAGAUCAAACAAGUUUGCUCAUCUUCUCCUCUAUCAUCUCUGUCGACCCCCUUUUUAACCUCCUCUCUCUGUCCUUCUAUUGCACUGUGUUAGAACAAUGCUGGGUUUGAGAAGGGACAAAGGAAGGGACAAAAGGGAAUAAUUACAUUUUAGGAUGGUAAGAUGUAGUUAGAAAUGUUAGACAAUACUUGUUAAAACUAAGAUACAGAUUAACUUUAAAAUCCAGAAUACGAGUAUGUGGGGGUGGUUAAUGUUGAAGCUUUGUGUUGGCUAUUUCCUGUCUAAUUUCCUCUGUAUUGUACCUUUGUGACCCCUCUUGCAUGAAUAUAUCUGCACUUAUUGAAUGGAUUGUACUGUAUAAACAUGAAUGUACAUAUUAUAUUACAAAUACUUAAUAACUUUGGAAAUAAAUAUUUCCAUUUUGUUAUUAAGGUGUGUGCGUGUGCGCGUGUGAGCGUGCAUGCCUGCGUGUUUGAGAAAGAAAGAGGAGCAUGGGGACUUUGGUCCGAUUGAAUAUUGAAUUAUUUUUAUUUUAGACUGAAGGUUAGAUAAUAAAUUGAAGAACUGAAAUGUUUGUAUGUCAGAGCACUAAUUGAUAUUAUUUUAAACAUACAACAAGUAUGAUCCUAAGAAUGUAAUUUGUGUAUGUAGUAAGUGUAAACUGAAAGAAUAGAGAAUUGAGAUGUGAAUAUUUAUUGCUUCUGACAUAUUAAAAAGUGUCCUUGCAGUGAA